UUGUACGCGUAUACAUGUACAGCCUCAUCAUACGCGUUGCACAUUUUUAUUAAAAUAUUACCAUAAUAUUACACGUGCAGAAAAGUUGACCUCGGAAAAGUUUUAAUUAUAUGUUCAAUUUUUAGACCUGAGGCUAUGGAUAUCUCUUGCAUUGUAGUUCCCUUUAUUGCUGUUGUUCUGCUUUCAACGCAAGUUGUAGUUUGGGGCAAGGAGAAUACUGCAAAACAUUCAUCAGGAACUGGUGCGGACAAUAGCCGUAAAACGGAGGCGGGGCAGAGCGAUACGGGCACGGCGGACAGAGAGGAGAAAGAUGGCGCUGGUGCUGGGAAAAAGGACAGCGGCAAAGAGUUGGAAAUGUUCCAGAGGAUUUUUCUUCAGAAGAGAAGCCAGCAGCAUAGUGCCAUCCAAGACAUCUUUGACAAAUACAACCACGAGCAACAGUUUAAGCUGAUAGAUUUGCUUCUUGACAAGAUGCAAGAGAUAUUAACCGAAUCAAAGCAGACGCUGACAGGCUCUGGCUUUCAACCAGGAAUGCCAUUUCCCACCCAUCAAGCAAUAAAAGACAGUCUUUCGCUGCUUCUAGAAAAUCUUGCCUUUCUCGGUGACAUCGUGCUGAGACUGCCCGACAUAACCCACAGCUUGUACAGCAAGAAGAAAGAGUUACGGGAGGUUGUCCGCUGGGCAGUAACAUACGCUGAACAGACGGGGUUCUAUGAUGACACUCACAAGAAGUUAAUGAACUUGAUGUCACAGGAACUCAGACUGAUUAAGAGGGAUCCUGAUUAUGUCAAUCCGUUCAAAAGAGAAGAGGUAGCAGAACCGACACCACCGAAAAAGAAAAAAGAAAAGAAACCCAAAAAGAAAGGACCCAGGAUAUCCAGGGGUGAACUCUGAACCUUCCGUCCAAAUCUCUGAGGUUUGUCAUUGCUAUGAACACCUGUGAGUGGGGGGGUUAGAGGGAGAGAGUUUGGGGGAGGGGAAGUUGGGAAGGGGAGGGGAUAGCCAAUGAGCACAGUGCGACGCAUACUUAAUUACUUCUGACUGGCAGCACUGUAGCUGGUUCAGCACUCACAGGGUGACAAGUCGACAGAGUUGAAGCAGUAUAAGUUAGAUUUUUUUCUUGAGGAAUGAAGUAAGAUUUCUGACACGCUGCACUCUGCAGAGAUUCAGCUUUAAAUAGAAAGACCACUCAGUUAAUGUUUUGACCCUGAAGUGAUUUGUGAGAAAAGCAAAAUCCUGAUAUCAACUGAAACAGGUAAUGAGGCUUCCCCUCCAAAGGAGGGUCGACUGAACUUGCCUAAACAUUGCCCGACACACUUAAGUGUUACUGUUACAUGAAUGGAAAAAAAGACAGGUCACAUGUUCCGUCCCUGUAAAAUCUAGGGAAGUGAAUAAGCAUUCCUUCCCAUUUUAAUCGGCUGUAUUAUAUACUUUCCUGUGUGAUCAGAUUUCUCACCAGGGUGUCAGUGUCUGAGUGGGUUUAUUUGCUAUGGUUUAAAAUUCAAAGAGAACUAUAAAGCCAAAGGGGAUAAACUUAGUCAUUUUAGCGUCCACAAACAGAAACAAAUUGGAUAAUGGUUACAAAAUGCUUUCAGUUUAAACAAUAAAUCGUCGAAACGAUCGUGACACAUUGCUUAUCCCAUGAUUAACAAUGUAAAUUACCGAUUAUGACUACUGCAUGUAAAGCACGGCUCAUUUGGACAAAAUGUUACGGACAGUAAGCCUGGAUACCUACAAGUAGAAGAAACUUCAGUUUGGUUUCAUAGUACUGCCUACAGUAUAUUAACACUCCCACCCCCAAAAAAUUUCCACUGUUGAAGGACCAAAGAGUACAGAUUUCUCCAUUUGAAUACAAAUUAAAUGAAGUCCUGGAACUUUUAAAUUGUGCUGUUGGUAUUAGUGUUACAGCACAGCUGGUGUGCUUCCAUUUGCUGCAAUUUAUGUACAUGCACCUGUUGUCAUUAAGUUUGCCAUAAGACCAUGUGCUUGUGUGGUUCUGAGAAAUAGCAGUGUGUUCCAUCUGUAAUGACCAGCUGAACGUGCACAUUGUGUCAAACUGAAAGGCACAAUGGACUACAAUAUAUUUAGAAAGAUGGAAAAGAAAGAUUUAUUUGAGAGGUUUUUAGUACUUUGCAUGAUCUCUCAGCUCUGUAGAAGUAAUUGUUACCCAUAGUUCCUGCAUUUAUCAGUUUUAAUUAUGCCAAUAUAAUUCUGCAUUUAAUUUUUUGUUUAAACGAUACAGUACUUUUUGAGUAUUUGAACUUACAUGUAGUUGUUAAGCAGAGAGUGUAGACAUUGAGCAUGGCAAGGAUAAGUCGGGGACUCAGAAGUCAAGGGACUCUGGAGUCAACUUGCCAAAGAAGUGAUUUACUGAAAGUUGUUUAAUGUGUACUGCUUUUUGAAAGCAAACUUGGAUACCCUUUCGACGGUGUCAAAGAAAAUAACAGAGUGUCAUUUACAAACUGCCGUCUCUCUCUGUGUGCUGAGUGAUUUGCCCUCAGUCCAAACAAUGUAAUGUUAUUUCCUCUGUUGUACACGUGAUGUCUGACUGAAUUUUUGUAUUGGAUUUCUCUUCAGUACAAUUUUAAACUCAGCAGCUGAAGAUGAUACAUUUUUAAAAAGACAAGGCAAGUUCAUUUUUAUACACUGAUGUGAAAAAUACUACCUAGAAGUAAAAAGGAAUCUGUUUACAGCAUCAUACACUAAUGUUUCUUUGCUAGUUGUGAAAUUUUAUUACACACCAUGACAUCGUGACAAAAUCGUUUUUCUUCCUGUAACUUGCUUUGGAACAAAAUAAAAGCACUUUGUUGUGCUCAAAACA